AUUCUCUUCGCCGCCAUAUCUGCACAGAUGUGAGCCUUAGGCGCCAGCCACCCUGCUAGGAGCGCACACCACUCUGGCUAGGCUUUCUCAGGGUUCUGCAAACUCCAUCUCUGACUUGGCUUUGGGAGCCAGGGGUCGCGCCCCUUAGGCCGUGAGGGGCUGGGACUCCCUGACCACGCCCCCGUGUCUCCGCCUCCCAUUGGCGGCUGCAGGGGGCGGAGGCGAGGACUUGUUCUUCAACGCUGCAGUCGCCCUCCGAUCGGCAAGGCUUCUCUCGGCUCCGUUCGGCUCGGCUCGCCCAUUUCAGUUCAGUUCGGGUCAGUUAAGCUCCGCUCAGUUCAGCAUGCUGCGCGCCGCACUCACCACUGUCCGCCGCGGACCGCGCCUGAGCCGCCUGUUGUCCGCCGCCGCCACCAGCGCGGUGCCAGCCCCCAACCAUCAGCCUGAGGUCUUCUGCAACCAGAUCUUCAUUAACAAUGAGUGGCACGACGCCGUCAGCAGGAAAACAUUUCCCACCGUCAACCCUUCCACAGGGGAGGUCAUCUGCCAGGUGGCCGAAGGGAACAAGGAGGACGUAGACAAGGCAGUGAAGGCUGCUCGUGCAGCCUUCCAGCUGGGCUCGCCCUGGCGCCGCAUGGAUGCAUCUGACCGGGGCCGGCUGUUGUACCGAUUGGCGGAUCUCAUUGAACGGGACCGGACCUACCUAGCGGCCUUGGAGACCCUGGACAACGGCAAGCCUUAUGUCAUCUCGUACCUGGUGGAUUUGGACAUGGUCCUGAAAUGUCUCCGCUAUUACGCUGGCUGGGCUGACAAGUACCAUGGGAAAACCAUUCCCAUCGACGGCGACUUCUUCAGCUAUACCCGCCAUGAGCCUGUGGGCGUGUGUGGACAGAUCAUUCCGUGGAACUUCCCGCUCCUGAUGCAAGCAUGGAAACUGGGCCCAGCCCUGGCAACCGGGAACGUGGUGGUGAUGAAGGUGGCCGAGCAGACACCGCUCACCGCGCUCUACGUGGCCAACUUGAUCAAGGAGGCAGGCUUUCCCCCUGGCGUGGUCAAUAUCGUUCCCGGAUUCGGCCCUACCGCCGGGGCUGCCAUCGCAUCCCAUGAGGGUGUGGACAAAGUGGCGUUCACAGGCUCCACGGAGGUUGGUCACCUAAUCCAGGUGGCCGCCGGGAGCAGCAACCUCAAGAGAGUAACCCUGGAGCUGGGGGGAAAGAGUCCCAACAUCAUCAUGUCCGACGCUGACAUGGACUGGGCUGUGGAGCAGGCCCACUUUGCCCUGUUCUUCAACCAGGGCCAGUGCUGCUGCGCAGGCUCCCGGACCUUCGUGCAGGAGAAUGUGUAUGACGAAUUCGUGGAACGCAGCGUGGCUCGGGCCAAGUCUCGGGUGGUGGGGAACCCCUUCGACAGCCGGACGGAGCAGGGGCCUCAGGUGGAUGAAACUCAGUUUAAGAAGAUCCUCGGCUACAUCAAAUCGGGACAACAAGAAGGGGCGAAGCUGCUGUGUGGUGGGGGCGCUGCCGCGGACCGUGGCUACUUUAUCCAGCCCACCGUGUUCGGGGACGUAAAAGACGGCAUGACCAUUGCCAAGGAGGAGAUCUUUGGACCAGUGAUGCAAAUCCUCAAAUUCAAGACCAUCGAGGAGGUUGUGGGGCGGGCCAAUGAUUCUAAGUAUGGGCUGGCAGCCGCCGUCUUCACAAAGGACCUGGAUAAAGCCAAUUACCUGUCCCAAGCUCUGCAGGCUGGCACUGUGUGGAUCAACUGCUACGAUGUGUUUGGGGCCCAGUCUCCAUUUGGGGGCUAUAAGAUGUCAGGGAGUGGCAGGGAGCUGGGCGAGUAUGGCCUGCAGGCGUACACAGAAGUGAAGACGGUUACUGUCAAAGUGCCACAGAAGAACUCGUAAAGCGGCAUGCCUGCUUCCUCAGCCCGCACCCGAAAACCCAACAAGAUAUACUGAGAAAAACCGCCACACACACUGCGCCUCCAAAGAGAAACCCCUUCACCAAAGUGUCUUGGGUCAAGAAAGAAUUUUAUAAACAGGGCGGGGCUGGUGGGGGGGAAAGCUCCUGAUAAACUGGGUAGGGGAUGAAGCUCAAUGCAGACCGAUCACGCGUCCAGAUGUGCAGGAUGCUGCCUUCAACCUGCAGUCCCUAAGCAGCAAAUGAGCAAUAAAAAUCAGCAGAUCAAAGCCACGGGGUCAGUUCUCUAAGACGUAAAUUCUGAGUCUUAUCUCUGUUGCAUUCCGUAACUCUCUGCUUUGGGAGGAGACAAGGCCGUCCUUAGAAUUGAAUUAGCUCUGUGGAACACUAGCGCCUUGGUGUUUACUGGUCAGAAGUCAUGAAAGGCAGGACCCCUCUCUAUUCCUGGAUACACGGGACGCCAGGAUGUCCCCACUAUUUGGUGAUAUCAUGUAUAUCUCAUUACCCUCAUCCCCAUCUUGGUACCUGGGAUCUUGGUUCUCACAAGUAAUUCUAGGCUGACGAGGAGGGAUGUAAGCUAAAGGGAGGGGAGUCACUAUUCUUGGCUGCAGCUACAUUUUGGAAUUUCACACUGGCCUAUCUCACAGGCCAGAGGAGGUAGUGACACCCGUUUGAUCCUUUCCAAGGGUGAGCCAGGUUAGGUUUCAACCAAGGGACCUCACGGCUCGGCAUCAGUUGCAUGCUGCUAACUAACCUGGAGUCGAUUCAGCCAAAAGACAGUUUCCAGAAGUGGCUCUGUUCUCCCAAUCUGUUCUGCGGCCUCUUUGAGGCACAGAGCAGAGCAGAGCCAUGUCAUGUGCACAGUGCAAGGUCUGCCUCUCGAACUACCAGAACCAAGAGAGAUUGGAGGUAUUAGUGACAGUGGCCUGAUGGAGGUGGCAGGUGAUGGCCCGUGAAGGUAGAUUUUCAGGGAAUAAGAGAAUGUGGCAGUGACUGGCAGCUGCAAUGCAGACUCUGGUUCAGGCUAUGGUCACUGCAGAUGCCUGGAUGUGUGACAGAUGUGAUGACAUUGCUGAAAGACAGAGGGACCCACUCCCAGUGGAAGGCCAAGAGAGCUCUUGAGCAGGGCUCCAGUUACGUGAGCUUUCUCCCUCUUGUACCAGAAGGUUCCAUUCCUAGAGGUUUUAGCUACCUGUGACCUCUGCCCUGUGUAUAAAUGGGGUUACUGUGACUAUCCCAACCCUGCCCUGUCCUAAAGUACCUUCAAGGGCCACCUUGUGCCCAACCUGUAGAUUAUUCCCUAUACAGAAAUGCUCAUGAUGUUUGGCAUAAAAAAAAAAUUAAGCCAGCAAUUAGCAAUAGUCAUUGUGAGAAGUUACACAACUCUUGGUGCCGCUACGCUUGUGUUUUGGGGUGUUGAGUUAGCUCUGCAUGGGUGCUGCAAUACUCAAUCCUGGAAGCCCAGGAGCCAAGAUGGUUGCUCGUAGCUGAUAGGUGGGCAAAUAUGCCACGUGGGUACAACGGCUGCAGGCAUGAUGCUCACAUCGGGCACAGGGCCGCACCGAUGCAUGCAGCCUGGACCAGUGUGUGCUUAUUUUCAGAAUUUCCGUUUAUACUCUUAUGCUAUGCAUGACGAUUAGCUGCCUGGUACCUGCCCUGAGCAGGGAUAAGCAGGUCAAGUCCAAGGUCCACAGGAGCUGGGAAGCUUAGGGGCGAAGGUCACAGAUCUUACUCACCUAGUGAGUGAACAAGGCGUGGAGAGCAAGCUGCCAUCACAGGCACAAGAAACGGACGGUGAGCUUAGCUUUAGAACUAGCCAGUCAGAGGCAGAGCUGAGGGUAGAAGGCUGAUGAAGCCCUGAAGUUGUCCUUCGACCUCCAUAUACACAUCCCUGUAUGUGCAUGCGCACUCAAUGAAAUAAAUAAGUAAAUACAAUUUUUAAAGAUCA